CGGUGAGAGGCAGGGACGUGCCCGAGGAGCAUCCCCGUGCCCCUAGGCCGUCUCCUCCUCGGCUGUCUCAUUGAAUCCCAUCUGGCCAGAUUCAGCUUCUCAUCUAAACUACGCGAAGCCUUUUCUAAAUACGGGGGGCCCAGCUCCUAGGUGGCACCGUGCGGGGGGACUGGCGUCGGGAGUCUCAAAGACCCGAGUUGAAAUCCAACCUUCGACCGCUAAAACUGGGCCAAUCCGGGGGGUCGUUCUCUGCCUCGGUUUCCUCAGCUGUAAAAUGGAAUAAUCCGAAGCAUCCACCUCCCAGGGUUGCUGUAAGGAUGGAAUAUGCGGAAAAUCAAUCAGCUCUCUCCAUCAGACACUUCACCAGGACCAGAGAGAUGACUGCUGGUCCAAGGACUUCAGGUGAAGACAGCAGAGAGGCUGCUGAAGAGCAUCGUCAUGGUCAUGGGAGCGAAACAACAGGGAAGCGGGAGCGGAAGAGGAGGAGAUAUGAAUGGACAGUCACUGAAGUCAAGGAUACUGGAAUUAAGAUGAAGAGAAGAAGAGUGGCUCCCUUCAACUCCAGGGACCUUGUAGUUCUCUACCAGCUUCUGAAAAAUCCAAUCAUCAAGAAAUUUUUAAAGACCGAUGUGAAAUACUUGACCAACCCUAAGACUCUCUUGUCUCUGGUAGUGGACUAUUUUGGCCUUCUGGGGUUUCGUGACCAGCCUUACAGCAGCGUACAUUUCUGCAUGGCCCUCUAUUCUGCCUGUCAGCUGGACAAGGUCGACCAGUCCUUCAAAUGGUACAUGCUGUCUGUCAUUCUGGGAAGCAACUGGCCCAAAAGAUCCUCCAAGAAGAAAUGGCCCAUGCAGAUUGAGAUUCUUAUGGUCAUCGUCUGGAAAGCCUGGGUGAAGCAGGUCGUCUCUAACGAGGUCAACGUUCAGAACAGCGGGGAGGACCUGGGUUAAAGCGCUCCCAACAUGCUUCUGUAGUUUGCCCUGCUGGUCAGAAAGUCUAUGUUCAUAUUACAUGUAUUGCUGUUGUCUGAGGGCUAAUACACAUUGCCAGCCCGUAAAAAGUGUUUUAUCACUUAAUAAAAGUUGUUGAACCAA